ACGGUAUUUUCUUUAUUAUGGCACAUUUCGUACGGAACCAAGCCCCAAAAGGGGUUUGAGACGACAACAAGGUAUUCUUCAUUGGAGCCUCUGCAGGGUAGUGGCGUCUUCGGCCUCGUAAGACUGACGAUAUGUGGCACAAGCUCUGCUAGGGACCAACUAUGUCAGCAAACCGUCGCGAUAAGAAAGUUUUAUAACCCAUUCGCUACCGCGACUAUGGCAAAGGAUAUGUUCAGGGAGAUUAAAACCUUGAGACAUUUGAAGCAUGAAAAUGUGCUGAGCCUGGUUGAUCUUUAUAUUUCUCCCUCAGAAGACAUUUACAUCACCAUGGAGCUGAUGGAGGUUAACCUUCUAACAAUUAUGAGGACAAGGUCGAUUGAAGGCGAAUUUGUCCAGUACUUCCUAUAUCAGAUAAUGCGCGGGCUUAAAUACAUACAUUCAGCGGGUGUGGUCCACCGCGACCUGCAACCAAGCAACAUUUCGGUGACCGAGAAUUGCGACCUUAAGAUCUGCAACUUUGCGCACACCCAAGCUCAAGAACUUUGGAUGACUAGCGUUCCCGCCCAAUACUACAGGGCGCCAGAAGCCAUACUCUCGUGGUAUAAGUAUGACCAGCACGUUGAUAUUUGGGGUGCUGGUUGUAUACUUGCUGAGUUGCUCUUGGGGAAGGCUCUUCUUCCUGGUCAAAACUAUAUUCAACAGUUCCAUAUGAUUACGAAUUUAUUGGGUACACCAUCGAAAAGCACUAUAAGAAAAAUGGCCAACGAAGACGUGUGUACAAACUCAGCCCCCAGUUUAUAG